UAUUCAGCGCUGGCUGGCCGCAAGCGCAGCGGAGCACAUACAAAUUUCGCACGCGACCGGGGACCCUAGCUCUCUUCUCUUCUCUUCUUCGGUUUCUUACCGCUCUCCAGGCCAGAGAUCCAGCGAGAGACCGCUCCGCCCCACGCGGCCUCUCCGCUCCCUCCCCUCACCCCCCCGCGGCCCGCCCAGGAGCUCCGGCACGCGCCCGCCGCGGCAGAAGCGCCAGGGGGAGGGGAACGCCGCCGCGGCAAUGGCGGCAAUGGAGGCCGCCGCCGACGCGAUGCUCGCCGCCGCCAGCCGCGCCUUCUGCAGCUCCGUCGCGGUCUUCUUCCAGAUCCAGGGGUGCUGUAUCUGCUUACUACUUGCUUUUGGUUGGGCUGUUGCUUCACUGGUCAGAAAAAAGGAAAUUCGCAAGAUGCGGCGCAAAAUGGCAUCUGGACAUAGUUUUGCAUUUCUUUGUGAUGACGUAGAUGAGCUUGAGCACUCUGUCCAGCAGAAAUUGCCUAUGGUCUCUGUAGUCAUGCCUUUGAAGGGCUUUGGGGAACACAAUUUGCAAAAUUGGAGAACUCAGAUUACUUCUCUUUAUGGGGGGCCAUUGGAAUUCUUGUUUGUAGUAGAAAGCAAAGACGAUCCAGCUUAUCGUGCCGUCUCCCGUUUGAUUGUAGAGUACAAGGACAAAUUGGACGCAAAGGUGGUUGUAGCUGGGUUUUCAACAACGUGUAGCCAGAAAAUUCAUAAUCAGUUAAUUGGUGUUGAAAAGAUGCACAAGGAUAGCAAAUAUGUUCUAUUUCUGGACGAUGAUGUCAGACUGCAUCCUGGGACAGUCGGAGCUCUCACAAAAGAAAUGGAGAAGAACCCUGAGAUAUUUAUCCAAACGGGAUACCCCCUUGACUUACCUUCUGGCAGCUUGGGAAGCUAUUGCAUAUAUGAAUAUCACAUGCCCUGUUCGAUUGGAUUUGCAACUGGUGGGAGGACUUUCUUUUUGUGGGGUGGCUGUAUGAUGAUGCAUGCUGAUGAUUUCCGGCAAGACCUGUAUGGUUUAGUCACUGCAUUAAAAAAUGGUGGUUACUCAGAUGAUAUGACCCUGGCUGCAAUCGCUGGGCAACAUAAAAGGCUGAUAACUUCACCACCUGUUGCUGUGUUUCCACACCCUCUUGCAAGUGAUCUCAGCUUCUCCAGAUACUGGAAUUAUCUAAGGAAACAAACUUUUGUUCUUGAAUCGUAUGUAUCAAAGGUCAACUGGAUAAUGAACCGUGCACUAUUUGGUGUGCAUUUCUAUUUGUCAUGGGGAUUUGUUUGUCCCUAUGUCAUGGCUUUGGUACAUAUUGCAACUACUCUUAGAGCACCAUACAGCGCAAUUGUAAAGGAAGCAGCUGGCUCAUCUUGUGGUCUGAAACUAGUGAGCUUCUUGUUAAUAUGCACUCUCACUGAACUUGUUUCAAUGUGGAAUUUGACGAGAGUUGAGAUCCAACUCUGCAACAUGUUGUCUCCAGAAGGUCCACAAGACUCCCUUCGUUCAUAUAACUGGGGGCUUGUGUUCGUCGCUGUGUUAGUAGAUAAUUUCCUCUACCCGAUAUCUGCCAUCCGGUCUCACUUCUCCCAAUCAAUCAAUUGGUCUGGUAUCAGGUACUACUUGAGAGAUGGGAAAAUAAGCAAGAUUGAAAGGGAGAAUAGUUCAAAGUACACCGAUCUCGGCGGGAAGCAUCUGUAUGGCAAGAAGACAUACCCUGCUGGAAAGUCGCUGCUCGGUUACCUGUCCAUAAGCCUAGCGCAAUGGCACCAGCCCAAGAAGUACGAUGUCUAAGAAAUGUGCCAAGUGGAAUCCUGUCCUCAAUUUUGUGGGGCGUCGUGUUGUACACCUGUGUUUUCUUCUUCUUCCUUUUCCUUUGGUUUAUUAUUGAUUGAUUGGUUGGUAAUGGUAGGCUCUCUCAUUCUUACUGGAUUCAGUUGUUCAGGCAUUAAUUAAAAGGAUUGCACCUCAUACUAGUUCUUGUAACAUUACAGAUGUGUAGCGGGCAGGUUGAUUGAAAAAGUGAAAAUGUUCCAUA